GCCGUCACUCCUCGGGUCUCGGGAAUCUUAACGUCGUCAGAUUUCAAAUUCUACCCGAGCCAACCUCCGAGCCUCAGCCUCGGACUCUUUUCUUACGGUAUAUUUAUAUCUGCACACACUGCAGCAGAGCCAUUCCCCUCCCUCACUGUGUUCCCACUUCCUUUGCUUUGCUGCUCCCUUUUCAACUUGCUUCUCUGCUCAGAGCCACUAGGGUUUUGGAUCCAAGGUCUCGUAGAUCUAACUGCAAUGGCGGAGGAGCAUUCUGAGAGUCCGAUUGAGUCCGUGAUGGACAAGAUAAGCGAGAAGAUCCAUUCUCACGAUUCUUCGUCCUCUUCUUCCUCCGACUCCGAUUCCGAUUCCGAGAAGAAGAAGACAACAGAAUCGCCGUCUUCGGUGAAGGAGAAGAUUUUCAGGUUGUUUGGUAGGGAGAGGCCUGUUCACCACGUUCUCGGCGGCGGCAAAGCUGCUGAUGUGAUGUUGUGGAGAAACAAGAAGUCUACUGGCAUCAUUCUUGGUGGUGCUACCCUAAUCUGGGUUCUGUUUGAAUUGGUUGAAUAUCACUUGCUGACCUUGGUCUGCCACACCUUGAUACUCUCACUUGCUCUGUUGUUCUUGUGGUCUAAUGCCCAUACAUUCAUCCACAAGAGUCCGCCAAAGAUACCGGAGGUCCAUCUUCCAGAGGAACCAGUGCUGCAGGCUGCUGCAGGGCUGGCAGUUGAGAUCAACCAAGUUCUUGCCCUGUUGCGGAACAUCGCUUUAGGAAAGGAUUUGAAGAAGUUUCUAAUGGUAUGGAUUCCGGUGUUGAAUUUGCUGAUUACUGAUUAUGAACAUUUGUAGAUGCGCAAACUUGAAUUCUGCCACGUCUCUUUUGAUAUAAACUGCUAGUCAUUUAUGUCUUAAUUCCUUGCAAUCCUUCCACUGAGAUUGUCUGUCUAAGCUUGUCAUUUGGCAAAUGCAUUCUGAAUCAGGUCAUUGCUGGCUUGUGGCUCAUGUCGAUUCUGGGAAGUGGCUGCAAUUUCUUGACCUUGUUUUACACAGCUUUUGUUCUACUGCACACUGUUCCUCUGAUCUACGAGAAGUACGAGCACAAAAUCGACCCACUAGCAGAGAAGGCGACGAUCGAGAUUAAAAAGCAGUAUGCUGUUUUCGAUGCAAAGGUGCUGAGUAAGAUCCCAACAACUGCUGCGGCACUGAAAGCAAAGAAGUUUUAGAAGCCCCGUGUCCGAUGAUCGUGGAUGUUUUUUGAGUUUUUUUCACUUUGAAUCUCCAUAUUAUCCUAGUUAGUGCUGCUCCUUUGUUGAUUCCCCAGUAGACCGUUUUCUAAGCUUUUGGGGGUAAACGAACUUGGCAAUUACUCUAUCAAGUGAAAAUCGUUAGGAUUGUAACUUGUGAACAAUGAGAUGAGCGAUUUACCAAGUCUAGCAUCUUUCACAAUUGGUCAAUGCUGUCCGCCGUUUUGCUUGAUUUUGGGAAGCUCGAGACCACUUACCAAUUUGUUGUAACUUGUUUCAUGGUAGUUGGAUUGUCAAGGAGGUGACUCUCUAACUUUACAAAAUCAAACGUCCCAUUGGCUGAAGAGAAACUCGUGCUCGUCUCUUAAUACGCUGAGAUUGAGCUAAGUCUUGCCUAGCUCUCGAGCUAGUUUGACUCCUUGGUGAGUUCAACUCAUGAGUAGAUAGCUAAUGAGCUAACUCGAUCAUGGGAAAACAAUUUUAUCUAUAUCUUAUGAGUAGGUUGAUUGAUGAUCAUAGAUUUGUUGAGAUUUCAAGGCAAUAAAAUCAGCAGCGUUAAUGAUUAUUCACAAGGUUGGUACCAUUGCAAAGAGCUCGUCUCCAAGAGUAUCGUGGAGUUGGCAGAAUAAGUUUGGUGUCAUUACGAGGGAGAUUCGAGGCUAGUGAGUUUUUAAGUGAAGCUUCUGAGUU